UUGGCGCGCAAUAAACCCUUCUCCAAAAUCACUAGGGUUUUAGCACUUCAAUCCGACAAAGUUUCCGAUAGCUGAGCUUCUUCAGCUUCUAUGGCAUGAAACUACACACGCUUAACCCUCAAACCUCAUUAGCACAAUCCAAUUCCAUGGCCUUUUCCACUGGUAUUCGUCUAUUACGCUGCUACCACCAUCACUUCACUUUCACUGCAACACCAUCCCGCUUCUCGGCGCUGCGAAAAGCCUCAUCGGAGCUCCGGUUUAUUUCAUCGGUGACUCCGCCGAGGAAGCAAGUCCGACCGGUGAGUGCCCGACGGAAAGUCACGGAGGAGGAAGAGGUCGGAGAUGAAGGCAAUGGAAGUAUUCUUCUUAGAGAUAGAGACGGAAAUGUGGGCGGAGGUGGAGGCGAGAGAAUUGUACAGACCGAGCUUCACAAGGAGGCUACCGAGGCAUACAUGGCUUAUGCCAUGUCAGUGCUGCUCGGUCGCGCAUUGCCUGAUGUCAGGGACGGGUUGAAGCCAGUGCACCGGCGAAUACUAUAUGCAAUGCAUGAGUUGGGGCUUUCUUCUAAGAAACCGUAUAAAAAAUGUGCAAGAGUUGUUGGAGAGGUGCUUGGUAAGUUUCAUCCUCACGGAGACAAUGCAGUCUAUGAUUCCUUGGUCCGAAUGGCCCAGGAUUUUUCCUUGCGGUCUCCACUCAUUCGAGGGCAUGGAAACUUUGGCUCAAUUGAUGCAGAUCCUCCUGCGGCCAUGCGGUACACUGAAUGCCGUCUGGAAGCACUCACUGAGGCCAUGCUAUUAGCAGACCUGGAGCAGAACACAGUAGAUUUUGUCCCAAAUUUCGACAACUCUCAGAAAGAACCAUCGCUACUUCCUUCUCGUAUUCCGAACUUGUUGUUGAAUGGUGCUUCUGGGAUUGCGGUUGGCAUGGCUACCAAUAUUCCCCCCCAUAAUCUUGGGGAGCUUGUGGAUGCGCUAUCUGCACUGAUUCAUAAUCCAGAAGCCACGCUGCAAGAACUGUUGGAGUACAUGCCUGGUCCUGACUUCCCAACUGGCGGAAUAAUUAUGGGCAAUAUUGGAAUUUUGGAGGCAUAUAGGACUGGAAGAGGACGAGUAGUAAUUAGAGGGAAGACUGAUAUUGAAUUACUUGACGCCAAGACAAAACGUGCUGCAAUAAUUAUCCAAGAGAUUCCUUAUCAAACAAACAAAGCGUCCCUUGUUGAGAAAAUUGCUGAUCUUGUGGAAAAUAAGACUUUGGAAGGAGUAAGUGAUAUCCGUGAUGAGAGUGAUCGAUCAGGAAUGCGUGUAGUCAUUGAGCUUAAAAGAGGAUCUGAUCCAGCCAUUGUGUUGAACAAUCUUUACCGUCUUACUGCUCUGCAAUCCAGUUUUAGUUGCAACAUGGUCGGUAUUCUCAAUGGUCAACCAAAGCUGAUGGGGUUAAAGGAAUUGCUCCAGGCAUUUUUGGAUUUUAGAUGCUCUGUUGUUGAAAGGCGGGCUAAAUUUAAACUUUCACAAGCACAAGAAAGAAACCAUAUUGUGGAGGGUAUUAUAAUUGGACUUGAUAACUUGGAUGAGGUCAUCAAUACAAUCAGAAAAUCAUCAAGCCAUGCGCUCGCAACUGCCAAUUUGAGAAAAGAAUUUGAAUUGACUGAAAAACAAGCUGAAGCUAUAUUAGAUAUAAGCCUGAGAAGGCUUACAGCACUUGAGAGAAAUAAAUUUGUCGAUGAGGGGAAAUCUUUGAGAGCGCAAAUUUCCAAGUUAGAGGAACUUUUGUCUAGUAAGAAGCAAAUAUUCCAGUUGAUUGAAGAAGAAGCACUUGAAAUAAAGAACAAGUAUUUCACUCCGAGGCGUUCACAGUUAGAGGAUACAGACAGCGGUGAUCUUGAAGAUAUUGACGUGAUUCCGAAUGAUGAAAUGCUACUGGCAAUUAGUGAGAAGGGCUAUGUUAAACGGAUGAAACCUGACACAUUUAAUCUACAAAAUCGCGGGACAAUUGGUAAAUCCGUUGGUAAAUUAAGAGUAAAUGAUGCUAUGUCUGAUUUCCUUGUUUGCCGGGCCCAUGACAAAGUUCUCUGUUUUAGCGAUAAAGGUACCGUGUACUCUUCUCCAGCCUACAAGAUCCCUGAAUGCAGCCGAACUGCAGCUGGCACUCCUCUAGUCCAGAUAUUAUCCUUGUCUGAUGGCGAGAGAAUAACUUCCAUUAUUCCUGUGAGCGAAUUUGCGGGAGAUCAGUAUCUUGUGAUGCUUACUGUGAAUGGAUAUAUUAAAAAAGUAUCAUUGAACUAUUUUGCCUCUAUCAGGUCUACAGGAAUAAUUGCGAUUCAAUUGGUCACAGGUGAUGAAUUAAAAUGGGUGAAAUGUUGCUCAAAUAAUGAUUUUGUUGCAAUGGCUUCACAAAAUGGAAUGGUGAUUUUGACGCCUUGUGCAAAUAUAAGAGCACUUGGAAGAAAUACUAGAGGCUCUGUUGCCAUGAGACUAAAAGAUGGGGAUAAAGUGGCUUGCAUGGACAUUAUACCAGAUGCUCUGCAGAAGGAAUUGGACAUGACCUUGGAAGUUCAUCAAAGAAAAAGAAGAAGCAUGAAUGGCCCAUGGCUGCUGUUCGUGUCGGAAAGUGGUUAUGGAAAGCGAGUUCCAGUUAGCAGAUUCCGCACAUCACCUUUAAAUAGAGUUGGUUUAAUUGGUUACAAGUUUUCAUCUGAAGAUCGCCUGGCAGCAGUAUUCGUAGUUGGAUUCUCCUUUGAAGAAGAUGGUGAGAGUGACGAGCAAGUUGUCCUUGUGAGCCAGAGUGGAACGGUGAAUCGCAUCAAAGUUCGGGACAUCUCUAUACAGUCCCGGUAUGCGAGAGGAGUAAUUCUGAUGCGUCUUGAGCAUGCUGGGAAGAUUCAGUCAGCCUCAUUGAUCUCAGCAGCAGAUGCAGAUUCAGAUUCAGAUCCUGAAGUUGAAGAUGCAGCAGCAGUUGAAGCAUAGUGCCCCUACAUUUGACUAAUAUAAUGCGCAGGUUAUUUGCAGCGUGAGUAGCUGUAGGAGGAUGUGUACCAUUUUGUACAGCUGAUGAUGUAACCUUGUAGACACACUUCUGUACUUCUCUAAAUAUCCCUCUUUGACCGUUGCUGGGGAUAUCUAUCAUUUUUUACCCGAUAGGGUAUAAUUGGAUCUAAUCUUAUGUGUCACUUGUUCUA